AUGCACUUUUACUGUAACUUCAGACUUCUUUUCACUUUCUUCAUCAGCAAAUCUCUCUCUCUCUCUCUCUCUCUCUCUCUCUUCCUUCUCUUUCUAUCGUCCUUCUCUAUUCUUUCUCUCUUACUAUUUCUUAACGUCUACUUAAUGAUGUACUUUCUUUAUUGUCAAAAACUACAUUCUAUAUUUUCUCUUCCUUUUUCUUUCUUUUCUCUUUAUAAUUCAUUUUUCUCUUCAUUCUUUUCAACCAUUCAUCUAAUUCAUUCUCUCUUCCCGUUUUCUUUUCUUCAUUCUUUUAAUUCAUUCUCUUCUCUUUUUCCCGUUUCUUUCCCGUUUCUUUUCUUUCAUUUAUUCAUUCUCCUCUUCCCGUUUCUUUUCCUUCAUUCAUCUAAUUCAUUCUCCUCUCCCUUCCUGUUUCUUUUUUCUUCAUUCAUUCUAAUUCCCGUUUCAUUCUCCUCUUCCCGUUUCUUUUUCUUCAUUCAUUUUAAUUCAUUCUCCUCUUCCCUCUUUUCCUUCAUUCAUCUAAUUCAUUCUCCUCUUCCCCGUUUCUUUUCUUUCAUUCAUUUAAUUCAUUCUCCUCUUCCCGUUUUUUUCCUUCAUUCAUCUAAUUCAUUCUCCUCUUCCCGUUUCUUUUCUUCUUUUCCUUUCCUCUUCAUUCUUUUCCUCUUCCCAUUUCUUUUUUCUUUUUUUCAUUCAUUUAAUUCAUUCUUCUCUUCCCGUUUCUUUUCUUCAUUCAUCUUUCAUUCUCCUCUUCCCGUUUCUUUUCUUCAUUCCUUUAAUUCAUUCUCCUCUUCCCAUUUCUUUUUCCUUCAUUCAUCUAAUUCAUUCUUCUCUUCCCGUUUCUUUUCUUCAUUCUUUAAUUCAUUCUCCUCUUCCCGUUCUUUUCCUUCAUUCAUCUAA